AUGGGACGCAAGGUCGUCAAGAAGCUGGCCAAGAAAGCUCCGAAAGUGAUUUUUGAGGCUGCCACAGGCAAACGACUGGAUGAUGUCGUGGCGAAGACAAAGGCUAAGCCUAAGAAGAAGCAGAAGAGUGCGUCCUAUGUAGUGGACGAUGGCGCCAUCGAGCUCAUGCGGAGGCAACUAGUAGAUGUCGGCUGUAAAUUACAUGAAGUGGAGGCUGACGGUAAUUGCCUCUUCCGCGCACUAGGUGACCAGCUUUACGGAGAUCAGCAUCAGCACGAGGAGGUUCGAAAGAAAAUCGUGAGCUACUUGGAACAGCAUCGUGACGACUUUGAGCCGUUCAUGGAAGACGAGGAGAAGUUCGAGAAGUACUGUGAGCGAAUGCGGGAAGAUGGCACGUGGGGCGGCAACCAGGAGCUGUACGCUGCGGCUCGGUUGUUUCAAGUGUACGUUGUCGUCCAUCAAGACCAGCCAAGCGCACGGAUCAUGGUGAUUGAGUGCGACCGUCUCAAACCCACGCGGUUCGUUCACGUGGCCUACCACGGCGAAGAUCACUACGACAGCGUGCGAGCCUUAAAAGACCCCGUGGAUCCAGACAGUCUGCCGGUUUCAAUCGAGCUCAAUUGGGACGGCUUUCGCCCCGAGGACUUCGCAAAGUGA